GCACAUUUAAACCGGCGACCAUUGAGUGACAACAUUUAUGUUCAUUUUAAACCAUGCGUUUAAAUUCAAAAGAAAAUGACGGAUUACCACAAAGACUCUCAAAAAGUUUAUCAUAAUUUGUGUGACUGAUGUAAACAUGUAAACAAAGAUGAAGACUAUUCUGGAAUGUGUCACAGCAUGGGCCAAUAAACAGCAAGGAGGAGGCGAGGGGCCAAUGAACUGAGUCCUGAGCGCAGGAGAGUUGUUUGAAUUGAGACACCUCCGACAUCUCAGACAUCAGGUCGUCAGUAUCAGCAGAGGAGGUAAACAAUUUCCCUUAUGACGAGCGGUGCAACGAUGAUUCCUUAUACAAGAAACAGCACUUAUUCAAUAAAGCAAUACAUCUAAGACUUUUGAAGGUUUGUAUUACAUACCGUCUUAGAACAAGAUGGUACGUGGACCGGAAAAUUUAAGCGAUGAAGAUCGUUUCAACAACUUCUUACAAAUGCUAAUGCGCUGCUGCGUUAAAGUUAUGAGAACACUUUUGUCAAAGAUGGUUUCAUGGCUUGGAUAUUCUGAUGUGGACGGAUUUCUCUCAAGUGAAAGGACUCACCUUAAAGAUAUGCAAAUUGCUUCUUUGCCAAAAAGCCAGGCGAUUUUAUAUCCUGGUACCGCUACCGAUAUCAAGCAGUGGGAUUUGUCACUUCUUAAUUGUGUUUUAACACAAAUUCAAAGGAAGAUUAUUCUCAAGGAAUUCGGAAACCCAAUAGAUCCUGUGCUUAUUAACAACAGAGUUCAAGUAACAGCAACAAAAGUUGGAAAAGCAUAUGAACGCAAACUAUACCCAGCGUCUGGAAACACAGAUAUUAACAAAUGGCCCAUGUCUGUUUGUUCUUGUCUUCUAUCAGUGCUGUCUCCAAAGCCUCAGACAUCACUUGUCAGAAUAGCAGAGUCAUUAGAUGAUAUAAGGGAAUUAAGAAACAAGCUUUGCCAUCCUGAUGACCCUGCAAUGACCACAGCCGAUUACGAAUUGCAUAUGCCUGUUAUUAAAACAUUUAUUGACUUAGGACUUGCAUUCCUUGGUGAUGAUGCUUUUGAAAGUGAGAUAAAGAAGGAAAUGGAUGACAUUGAAAAUGGCAAACUGAAAACAUAUCUUUUGAUUGAUCAUAGACAUCUUCAACAGUCGUACCACGAUGACAAGGAGAUCAUUCAAAGAUUAGACAAGAUAGAAAAAGCUGUGGAAGAACUGCCAAAAGAAGGUGAACUGAAUGUGUUGCUUUUCUUUGGACGAUUACCUAGAGAACAAAAAGACCUUCUUUAUGCAAGUUUUAUUGAAACAUUUACAAAAUGUUUGGCAAACAAUAUGCCUGAAACAGUAGACGACGUGGAGUUCAAUCAACAGAUUAUUCAUGCCAGUUGUAUGGCUUGGAAAUACCUUGAAAAUCCAUACAAGGGGCGACAUGUGCUGGGUGUCCGGCCGAAGUGCGUAGAAGUAAAGAUUGGGUUUGACAAUGUCCGGUGGAUGUGGAGUUUCAUCAAGGACUAUUUUAAUUGUAGACUGGAAUUGGCAUUUGAGCCUAUGCAAACAUUGCUUAGAAGGCAAAAAGGAUGUGAACAUUUGGAAAUCACCAUCGCCAUUCCGGAUAUGUUUUCAGCUUUGAUGAAAAUAGGUCAAGCAGUAGACAUGGACAUUGACUCUGUUAUGUUUCUUUUGGAGAUGAUCUUUCAAAAGUCACAGUUACGUUUGGAAAAAAGCUUUGCCGCUCUUUGCGACAUGAGUACACAAACUUCCCAACGGGAAGAUCAAUUUUUCAAAAUUGGAAGCAGAAAAAUGGAAUCUAAUGAACAUGAAAAGCCCGCUGAGGAAUAUACUGUAGACGACGCCAACAUUAAGUUUACGCCUUGGAUACAGAAGGCAAUGAAAUGUACUGUUGACGGCGCCGGAAAUAUUGUUAAGACUUUGAUAUAUGAUGAAACAGGAACGCCCAUUGAGGAAUAUACUGUUGACGAGGCCGGAAAUAAGGUUAAGAAAUUGAAACAGGAUGAAAUGGAAAAUCCAAUUGAGGAAUAUACUGUUGACGACGCCGGAAAUAAGGUUAAAAAUUUGAAAAAAGAAUCGAAGAAAGAACAAGUCAGCUUUUAUUGUGAGCCAUGUUUACAAAAUAAAAUUAAAGUUAAUUACAUGAUUAAAUGCAAAGACUGCGAUAAGAUGCUUUGCUCUGAUUGUGCCCGAGUUCAUAGAAAUUCGAAGACGUCCAGAAAUCACAUUAUGAUAGAGCAACAACCUGAUGAUCUAACCAACCUGAAGUUCACACCAGCCACAACCAUCAAUGUCAACUUUCCAUCUGACGCCGAUCCCAUCUGCCUGAAUGACAUGGUCCUGCUGGGUGGAGACAGGCUGAUACUGGUUGAUUUGAACAAUAAGAAAGUGAAAAUGGUUGACCUGGGGACUAACAACCUGAUGUCCCAGAUCAGUGUGCCAGGUGGACCACGGAAUAUUUGUCUCCUCCCCGGGGACAGGGUUGCUGUAUAUUCAGUAAAUGGAAGUAUUCAGUUCAUGAAGGCACUGGGACAGUUGACCCUUGAAAGAAGCAUCGAGGUGGGUCGCGGAAGUCGAUCUAUAGGAUACCAUAAUGAAAGGUUAAUAGUGGCUUACAUGAGUGGAAUAGUGGUUAUAAUGGACAUGACUGGAAAUAGGCUGAAAAACAGUGAGAAGUCGAUCUUUUCCCAUAUAUUAUCUCUGACAGUGGUCAAUGAAGGCCAGGACGCGGUGAUAUUUGUGUCCGCAUACGAGAAUAACACCAUCACCAAGCUGGACAUGGACCUUAACAUCCUGCAGAUAUUCCAGAAUCCUGAACUGAGAGGACCAGCAGGCAUGAUUGCAGUGGGAAGCCAGCUGCUUAUCUGUGGUUCUGUAAGUAACAACAUCAUGUGCCUGCAUCUGCCGAAUAGACAGAUGACCCAGCUGCUUGGGAAGAAGGAUGGUAUACAGAAGCCAUUGGGUGUCUGCUUCAGUCAGCAGCAAAACAGGCUAUAUGUCAACAGUGAUUAUGAACGUGUAUGUGUGUAUAGGCCAUCAAUUAAUUUUUAAAUAGGGAAUGGAUAGUGUCCAAGAGUGUGUCAUGAAAAAUGUUUUUCAGGUCAAAUGACCUACAGGUGAGGACGAAGAAGGUAUUUAGAAGCUUUAUCAGAUUAUACUUCAUAUUACAUGUAUAUGCCAGUGUUUUACAGAUAUAAUAGUUUUUUAUAGUAAAGUAUUUCCUUUUUAAUCAUGAUUAUUCAAGAAAUAACUGUUUAUAAAUACUUAUUUCCAUCAACCCUCUGUGUAUGUAUAGGAUACAGUACACAUUUAAAUCGAAGAGCUGACAGAGAUGUGUUGUGAAUUGAUUAUAUCACUGAAAAUAUGCACCCAGCAAAACAAAUUAAGAGUCACUUAAUACAAAAAGUAUUUCACUUUCAUAUUUUAUUUAAACCUAAGUACAAUUUUAUACUGUAAUGAUCUAAUGUUUUUUUCUCGAUAAGCAUAUUAAGCUUUUUUUUCCAAUAAGUUUUUGUCAACAAUAUAUAGGUCUGUUUCAGUAUCUCAACAAUUGUAAAAACAAACGCUUCUACACGUUAAAUCUCGUUGAUGGUAAUUAAGUCUGAUGUCAAUGAGUGUAAAAUAGUAUGGAAAAGACAAAACAAUUAUUUUUGGAAAAGAUAUCACCAUAAAAAAUAUCGUGAUUUCUUAUUACUUUAUACUCUGUUAACAUUACUUUAAAUACAUAUAUGAUGAAGAAGGUGGGUAAAUAGAUGUCUAGUACAAGGAUUCUUUAUUUGCGGUUUAAAACGAUGAUUUCUUUAAUAUGUCCAGCAUUUAUUUAAUAGCUAGUAUAUAUUUUUGGACAAACUGAUACAUCGAAAUAGUCUUUGAUUAUCAAAAUUACUUAAACUCAAUUUAAAACCUUCUCCAAAUGAUAACCUUAGUUCGAAACCAUAAUCUUCAGCGUCUCCUGCAUAAAAUGCAAUUUUAAAUAAUGCAAAUAUGCAUUACAAAAGCUAUUACAUUUGGACAUUAAGAUGUUUACAUUUGCAGAUAAAGAUCAUGUAAUGAUCAUGUAAAAAGAUAUUGACACAAAAAGAAAUUAUUGUGUGUUUAAGUAUUAGUAUGUGUAUGUUAAAUGUUAUAUUCGUUUCAUAGUUGUGGUGAUGGUAAUGUCUUAAUUUGUGUGAUUAAGAUUACAGCUUGGUAUUUUCAACAUAAGAAUAUUAAAAAAGCGCCAAGAAUCAACCCCUAUUGAAGUGUCAACGAUGCGUACAGUAUUACUCUUUUUUUUCGUAUGAUGCUAGUUUGACAGAUUUAUUUUAAUGAGAAAUCCGAGUCUGGCUAUGUCUUUUUUAUAUGGUUUGAGGUAUUAAGUAGCAAAUGAUCAAACGCCUAUAUUUGUAGAAAAAUAUAUAGGAAUGAUUAAAGCAGUCUGGUAGCUUUAAAGUUCAGUCAAAUACGUUUCUGCUAGUAAAACAUGCAACUGCGUGUGUUGUAUGGUUUGAUUGAUUUAGGCGGAAAUGAUAUUAAUUACAUGUACCUUCAUCUCUAAUUCUGGUUAGUUUAUUACAUUGAUUUAACCCCUAGUGACAAACAUUAUUGGUUUUUUCUUGUUUUGUUUUUCUAUUCAUCAUCAGCCGAAAUUAGUGUACACUAAUACCUGGGUUGUAUUUGAUUAACUAGUUCAGCCACUAAUCAUGUUAUUAUUUCUCAAUUAAUAGUAGCUUACUAUGUAUAUGUUAUAAAGAGUUUGAAUGAUUUAGUCACUACUAAUUUAUUUGCUGUAUAGUAAGAAUGUUUUGGUCACUUGUAUUUGCUAUGUUCUAUAGAAUUUGAAUGAUUUGGUCACUAACAUUUGCUAUAGUAUAUUAAUUUUGAAAGAUUUCUUCACUUAUACUCUCUGUGUUGUAUUUAGUUUGACUGAUUUGGUCAUUAGUAUUUGCUAUGAUAUUUUACUUUUGAAAUAAGUUUUUCACUUACACUGUCUGUGUUGUAUUUAGUUUGAAUGAUUUGGUAAUAAGUAUUUGCUAUGAGAUAUUCAAUUUGAAUGAUUUGGUCACUUGUUUUUUCAAUGUUACAUUAAGUUUGAAUGAUUUGGGUUUCUUAUAUUUUCUAUGUUAUUAUUUGUUAUAUAAAGUUCAAAUGAUUUGUCAAACAGAACACGCAAUGUUAUAUGAAGUUUGAAUGACUUGGUCACACAUAUUUUUUUAAUGUUCUAUGGAGUUUAAAUGAUUUAAUCAAUCAUAUUUGCUACAUAGUAUUUAGUUUGAAUGAAUUAGUCAAUUAUAUUUGCUAUAUUAUUUUAGCUUGAAUGAUUUGAUCGCACAUAUUUACUAUAUUAAAUGUAUCCUGAAUGAUUAGGUCAUGUUCAAUGUUAUAUCAUCUUUGAAUGAUUUGGCUCUCUUAUAUUUUCUAUGGUUUGUAAAGUUUGAAUGAUUUGGUUAAGAAUAUUUGCAAUUGUAAAUAAAUUUGAAUGAUUUGGUCAACAAUAUAUGCAACGAUAAAAAAGUUUAAAUGAUUUAAUUACUCAUUAUUUGAUAUAUAAUAGUAAGAUCGAAUGACUUAAGUCACACAUAUUUGCUAUAUUAUAUUUAGUUUGAAUGUUUUAGUCACUGAUAGUUGCUUUAUUAUAUUUAACUUGAAUAAUUUGGUCACUAAUACAUGUUAUGAAUUGAUCAUUCGUAUUUGUUAACUGCUGUUGUUUGUGCCAUUGAAGUAAAUUCUUAUGACAAUGUUAAUGAUAUGGAUAUGAAAUAGUACCGUUCUGUUUUAUCUGUAUACCUCUGUUUCAUAACAUUUAUACUUGGAAGUUACUUUAGUAAUCAUGGUUAAAUUCAGUUUCUAAUCAAAUUUGUUCGUUAAACAUAUCAAUAUAUCUAAGGGUUAUCUACAUGACUGUAUAAGCUACCUGUAUUUAUGGAAGGAUUUACAAAAGUCUUUUCUACAUCCCUCAAAUUGCGCCCGUUUACUUGAGCUUCCCAACGAAGUAUUAUUAUCAAACUAUGUGUGUGUCUUUAAAAAAUGUAACUUUAUAUAUAUGUCUAUGUCUCUAGUUAUUUGUUUAUUCAGCUAACAUAAUGAACAUAUUAGCCUAUGUAUUAAUACAAUCUGUUUUCAACUGUGAAAAUAUUGUCUUUUUGAAUAUUUCGAUAGCGAUAAAAUGGUCACAAUCGGGAUCAUUCUUCAUUGCUGUGUAUAAACCAAGCUGUAUUUAGCUCUUAAAUAUACGAACAAAUACUAAAUAUAAUAUGUGCCAUUGUUGUUGUUUUCUUAAGCAGUUUUAAAUAUUUCAUGAGUAAAUACUAGAACCAAAACAGUAGUUAUAAAACUAAUAGUAAACGCGAUUUUUAUUCUCAUGAAAUUUUCUUACUUGCAAGCUUUUUCACACAAAAUAACAUAUAAAAUUAUGUA